AUGGCUCAAAUGAAAGCCCUGAAGCCAUACUACAAUGUGAUAGUGAAAAAUGUCAAAACAUGCAGACAGUUUUUUGAGCCACUGUAUCAUAUUAUUAAUGGCAAGAAGCGAGCAAAUGUGGACUCAUCAUCAUCAUGCAGCAAGAAGCAAAAAAUCGAGGUGAUUCUACUGGAGGACACAGAGUUCAAGUAUACUAUGGAUGUGGACAGCCCUACCAGCAUUACUUCAGAACUCCCCAUUGAGUCUACUACCAUUCCUGUCAAGUCUACCAUUCCCAUCAAGCCUACCAUUCCUGUCAAGCCUAAUACUCCCAGCAUCCCUACCACUGUUCCAGACUCUGUCUCUCUUGACGACCUCAUAGAUCCUAUGUUGAAAAUGAUUAGUAAUCACAACUUCAUCAAUCCAAGCGAUGCCAUCACGGAGACUACAGCAAUGGAUCCAGCCAUUCCCAAACCCACUCAUGUCAACAUUAGGGCUCCAUGA